ACCCUCUCUAGCUUGAGGCACAGCUGCCACACAGAUAGUUUUUUAAGUCCAUGGUUUAUAGCUUCUUACCUUUCUCCAUUUUCAUCUUUCCAAAAAUUCUCUGGCUUCUGCUUUUUGAUUACCGAGUUUGUCCACUCUAGAAGCUAUAUGAUUUAAAGUAGUGUCAUCAAAUUAUGAAGUUGUAGCAUAUUCAACAAGGAGUAUUCACUCUAGUUCCUACUGACACUGAGAUUGAAACUGAGAGAAUUGAACAACAAAAUGGAGAAUGGAUGCAGCUGUGAGCGGAAGACAAUUACCAAAGAGCUACUACAAGGGGUGGAGUUGGCCAAACAGUUGAGGGGACAUUUGGGAACCAAUGCAUCUUCUGUCGAGACAAGGGACUUGCUGGUUCAGAGUAUAUUGACUUCGUAUGAGAACGCUCUUCGCCUCCUAAAAUGGAGUGGGUCAAUGGGAUCGACUCCUGGCAUACCUGAGUCUCCUUUGUCCAUCAAUGGAAGCCCUCAGAGUGAGGAUUUUGAUAAGGAUAACCAGGAGAGUAAGGAGAGCUCAAAGAAGAGAAAGACACAGCCCAGAUGGACAGAUCAAGUGAAAGUUAGCUCUGAGGGUGUGCUGGAAGGACCCCAUGACGACGGCUACAGCUGGAGAAAAUAUGGACAGAAAGACAUUCUAGGAGCAAAAUAUCCUAGGAGCUACUACAGAUGCACCUUCAGAAACUCCAAGAACUGUUGGGCUACAAAGCAGGUGCAGAGAUCAGAUGAAGAUCCCACUAUAUUUGACGUCACAUACAGAGGAACACAUAACUGUAGCCGAGGCAGCCAGGCAGUUCCACCACCUGCAUCACCAGAAAAACAAGAACAGAAACUAAACAAUCAUAAUAACAACAAUAAUCAACAGGAAAUGCUCUUAAAGUUUAGAAAAAGCCUAAGAGUCAAUACCGAGGGUCUGGACAAUAAGGAGAUGGCACCUCCCUUUUCCUUCUCUUCAACAUCAUUUGGGUGCUCAAAGAAUGAUAACCUCAAUUUUUCACCUACGGCACUUGAUAACUUGGGCAGUUUCUCACCAUCAUUUAUGUCUCCAGCAACACCUGAAUUAAACUACUUUUCAUCUUCACAUUGCCAGAGGAACAACUUUGAAGGGGCUUUCCAUGCGCAGUGCUGUGAAUCUUAUCUCACAGAGCUGAUUUCGGUAAACACUUCAGCUACCAACUCUCCCAUUAUGGAACACUGGGAUUUCCCACUUGAUCCAGUGGAAUUUGAUCCAAACUUCCCAUUAGACACGCCAGGAUUAUUCUCCUAAUUCUGCUUUUGACAUUAGAAAUAAGAAUAAAGAUAGAUAUUAGCAUUGCGUGAGCAUACGAGACUAGCUACUUGCACCUGUUCAACCCGGCUUGUAUUAUAUGACCAGAAUCAGAAUGAUUGUAGAAUACAGAAGAAUAUCUUUCAGUGUUGGCCAUAAAAGAUUGCUUAUGAUGGAACUAACGAGCUCUGCCAGAAUUUAUUUUAUUGCGUUUGCAAUAAUAUUGGUCGUGUAGA